ACUAUCCCCGUUAAAAAGCGGUCCCUCAGCAUUUCCCCUCCCCUGUGCUCUGUUGUAGCAGAGAGAGAGAGAGAGAGAGAGAGAGAGAGCUCCGAUGAGACGCGCGAGCGGGUUCGUCGGAGGCGGCGCCGCGUCGGUGGGGUCGGCCACGGCGGUGGCUCCGGUGGCGACGGGGGAGGAGGCGGCGGAGGAGAGGAGAGGCGAAGAGGUGGAGGAGAGAGAAGGGGGGGAGGAGGAGGAGGAGGAGGAGGAGGAGGAUGAGGAGGAGUUGGAGCUAGGGUUGAGUUUGGGGGCGAAGAAGAAGGUGAGCUCGGGGCGUGGGGCGAAGUGGGCGCCGAGGGGGCAGGGCUGCCGAAUACUAACGGCGAAGGAUUUCCCCCCCACGGCGCCGCCACGGCGCGCGUCGCCGCUCUCGUCGCCGAACUCGUCCGUGUCGUCGUCCUCCUCCUCCUCCGCCGCCCUGGCCGGCGCCGGGAGCAAGAGGGCCGCGGCGGCGGAUCCCGUCUCGCCCGAGGGCGUCGGAUCCGCUCACCCCCCUAGCAGUCAGAUGGUGGUGGGAUGGCCCCCCAUAAGAGCAUUCAGGAUGAACAGCUUGUUCAACCUGUCUAAGGAGAGCAAUUCUGAGCUCGACACCUCAAACCCUAAGAAGACCACCAACAACAAUAGCAGCGGCGGCAGCAGUAGCAGAAAUGGCAACAAUAUGAAGAGUAGCAAUGGGGUCGAGGAUCCGGUCAAGAAAGGACCGGCUACAAGGAACUCUCUCUUCGUGAAGGUGAACAUGGUUGGAGAUCCUAUUGGGAGGAAGGUGGAUCUUAGUGCCCACCACUCUUAUGAGAGCCUUGCCGUUUCUCUUGAGCUCAUGUUCCACAAGCCAACGACGGAUCUUGGUGUGUCGAUCCAUGGUUUAAACGCUUUAAAGUUAUUAGAUGCUUCUUCUGAGUUUGAGCUCACUUAUAAAGACAAGGAUGGUGAUUGGAUGAUGGUUGGGGAUGUUCCUUGGAGGCUCUUUUUGAAUAGUGUCGAGAGACUUAGAAUUGUGAGGAGAUCUGAAACCAGUGGACAUGCAGCACCACGGUUUCAGCCUGGUGACCUGAAAAGUUGACUCUAGAGAAGACUCUGCAUAUGCAAGGUAGUCUAUCAACCCUAGAAACAUAGAGAAAUUGAGUGCUGGUUUUCUUUCCAAGUCAAGCCUGGAUCGAUCAUUCCACUGGCCAUUUCUUUUGAUUUUGCCCCCCUUUUUUUCUUUGUUUGGGAAAUUUGUCCAUUUUGCUGGGUGUUUCUUUGUUACACCCCCUAUGUUUCCCUGUUCCUGCUAGUGCUGUGCAAUUAUAACCAGAACAUAAAUGCUACUUGCAAUAGUGUAAAUAUGUCUGUUUUUUAUGUUUGUUUUAUGUUUGCUUUGUUGUUUUGCGAUUUGUUUGCCGAAUAUGAAUGUUUAUGCUUCGCAAA